GCGACUAGCCGAAAAUUGAGCAAUUGUUAAUUUGUUAAUUGGUAAGACAUCCGCAAAGUUGAGUAUUCUUUGUCAGUCUUACAAGUUUGUACGAGUUAUAGCUAAUAUCAUAAGCAGUAGGGCGGAAAGAUGAACCAAGAUGGACGCAAUUAGGUGAAGGAAAGCUUGAGGAGGAGACGGUGGCGGUGAGUAAUGAUGGUGUAGAGAGUAUGUGUCGCAGAAAGUGCAGCAUCCCGAAUGUUUGAUCCUUGUUGUCGUCGUCGUCGUCGUCGCGUACCUGUCGGUGAGAAUGUCGUACCGCGACCCCGACAAUUUGAUGGUGAGCACGAACGACGAGAACUUCGACUACCUGUUCAAAAUUGUGCUGAUCGGUGACUGCGGUACAGGCAAGACUUGCGUGGUGCAGCGCUUCAAGUCGGGCACAUAUGUCGAACGCCAGGGAAAUACCAUCGGUGUCGACUUUUCCAUGAAGACCGUGCUGAUAGACGGCAAGAGGGUCAAGCUACAAAUAUGGGAUACUGCAGGGCAAGAAAGGUUUCGUACAAUAACUCAGAGUUACUAUAGAUCUGCAAAUGGAGUAAUCAUAGUUUACGAUAUCACAAAGCGAUCGACAUUCUUGAAUUUGCAACGUUGGAUGGAGGAAGUUCGAAGAUAUACUUCAUCACAUGUGUUAUUAGUCUUAGUUGGUAAUAAAUGCGACCUGGAAGAUCUGCGAGAAGUGAAAAAAGAGGAGGCUGAAGCUUUGUGCGAAUAUCUGCCUGAAGUUUUACACAUAGUGGAGACCUCAGCCAAAGAUAACACAAAUAUAGACACCAUUUUUUUCUAUCUGGCAUCUGAACUCAAGAGACGACAUGAAAAUCGCCAAAUUAGCGCAAGCGAGAACGAUGUGGUGAGACUUGGCGUGGGACGAAAUUUGUCUUCUUGUUCAAGCUGUUAGUAUAAGAUAUUUCGAAACUUUAGAUAACUCCUUCACUUCGUAACUCCAAGUAUAUUUGGAUGGUCAAGAUAUCAAUGCAGAGAUGAAUUAUGUAACAAGAUAAGAGGCACUAAGUCUGUAUGUAAUUAUCCUUAUCCAUGGAUAAGAUGAAACUAUGGAUAAGAUCGAAAGUACAUGGGUAGAGCAAAUAUUUCUUUUCUUCGACUUAUUGCCUCUUAUUUCAUUACGGUGAUAAAAAUUAAUAUUUAUUUUGAAAUGGAGCAGUCAAAAUCAGUCCGUAAGUAUCCCUACGAAACGCAUAUUAUUAUAUAUGAAGUUAAAGAUAGCACUUUAUUAUCUGUGUGAAAUAGAACGUUCAUAGUUAUUCUUGUAUCGAGAAAUAUGAAUCUCGUAAGAAUCCAAUCCUUAAAAAUAGGGUGACUUACACUUUCGCUCUGGUUGUUUGUUGUCCAAGAGCACGUUUGUAUAUUUUUAUAUGCGAUUUAACAAGUACAUACAUAUAUACAAAUAUAUAAAUAUACACACAUGCGCGCGCGCAUACAUAUGCACACAAUAUUUUACAAAUACUACAGCGACCUGAACACAUUUUGGAUGUCCAGUGCCUUGAAAAACUUUCUAUAAACGUCCCAUAUUUUCAUAUAAUAUGUGAAUACAUUCACAAAGUGCGAUUGUGAGGAUUAUAGACGAUUUAAAUAUAGUGCGUGGUAACUUAA